AUGAUUGUCGCUGCCGCCACAGUUGUGGGCUGCCUACUCUUGGGGAGCGCCGCGGCCGGCCCGGUCGAGAAGCGAGCGCCGUACUUCAAGAAUGCAUUCCGGAAUGGCCACUACAAGCUCGACAUGGUGGACGACCUCCAAUUCAAGGCGAUGAACAAGGCUGAGCAGUGGAUCAGCAAAAAGUCGAACCGCAACGGGUGCACGCUGGAGAAUGCUGCCGUGAGAAGAGAAUGGAGCGAUCUCUCGGUGCCGGAACGCGAGGAAUACAUCGCUGCGGUCAAGUGCCUCAUGAAGCUGCCGCCAAAGUCUCCGAGAGACAAGUUCCCCGGGGCCCUGAGCCGCUUCGAUGACUUUGUCGCCUUCCACAUGACGCAGGCUGGCCCUCUGCAUGGCCCGACCAACCUGUUUGCUGCCCAUCAAUAUUUCAUCUGGGCCUACGAGAAUGCGCUGCGCACCGAGUGCGGAUACAAGGGAUACCAGCCGUACAUGAACUACGAGCGCUACGCCGAAGACCCGGUAAACUCGCCCAUGUUCAACGGAAACAGCUCGAGCAUGGGCGGCCAGGGAGAGUACAACAACUAUCGCGGGGUCAUGAUGGGAUUCCGCGCCCCGUACAACCUGAUCAAGCCGGGAGGCGGUGGUGGAUGCGUCAAGUCCGGGCCGUUUGCGGACAUGGUGGUCAGCCUGGGCCCUGGGUCAACCGUGGUCAACGGCAUCAAGAGGAACCCUCAAGCCAACGGCCUGGGCUCCAACCCCAGGUGCCUGAGGCGCGACAUUAAUGUCAACUCGGCGCUCGGUGCGAGGGCGAACUACUCGUACUCGCUCAUCAUGGACUACCCCCAGAUCAAUAACUUUUACGACCGCUAUCUCGGGCAGCCGUUUUUGCAGAACGACAACCACCCGUGGGGACUCCACAAUGCUGGCCACUACAUAAUCGGUGGAGACCCUGGCGGCGACUUCUACGCCUCCCCCGGCGACCCGGCCUUCUACUUUCACCACGGGGCUCUCGACAGGCUGUGGAGGAUCUGGCAGAUGCAGGACCCGGAGAAGCGCGUCCAGGGGUCCAACGCGAUCCCCGACCCAAACCGCAUGGCCAUAAUGCCGGGCGCCCCGCGGGUCCAGCCGGGGACCAAGAUCGAGGACAUCGUGGUCGACCUCCAGUGGCUGGGCCCGCCGCCCGCGUCGCUCCGGGAGCUCAACGAUCAGUUUGGGGGAGGCGGUGGGCGGUUCUGUUACUACUAUGUGUAGAAGAGGAUGGGAAAAUGGGGAGGGCCCUGAAGGUUGUGGUGAGGUGGCGAGACCUCGAGGUUCGGCAUUCUUUGCGAGUCUGUGUGGGCGGGCGGUUGGCGGGGUCAGGGCUGCUUUUUUCUUGCUUUUUUUUCUCUAGUUUUUGUCUCUUUUUAUCAUCCGAUUCAAUACUUCUGGUUCGCACAACGGUCCAUGCCGUCUGGCCACGCCUGGCCACCUUGCUGCAAACCUUGAUCACCACGCGCAUGUGCUUAUUUUCCC